AUGGAACAUGGCACGGCGAAGGCCAGUAUUCGUGGGGAGAAGCUGGACACUCUGCACAUGCUGCACAUGGUCAUACCACCUACAAAGGCGGCCAAAGACGGUGACAACAAACCCAUCAGAAGGGUGAAGAACGACAAGGCAGCCAACCAUUGGGGCGACCUGAAGGACCUGGACUUGUUGGACUCUUGCCAGCGUGCAGCAGCAGCAGCAGCUAAAACGCACAAACAAAUGGCUGUGAACACCAUUCCAAAAACGGGCCGCCAUCAGGGCCAAUGA